AUGAAGCCAAACAAUAAGAGAAACAGUGUUGGUGGAAGGAAGGUCAAGACGGGAUGCGCGACGUGCAGGAUCCGAAAGAUCAAAUGCGACGAAGCUAAGCCAUUCUGUCAAAAAUGCGUCAAGACUGGUCGUACUUGUGACGGCUACGAGUCUGUCUUUAGACCCUUUUCAAGUCCACCCGCCAGUAGCAGCAACAGGAUAGACGUGAGAAAAACAUCGCCGGAAUCUGCAGGCGAUAGCAUUCCACUAGACCCCAUAACCCUCAACCGCUAUCUCUCAACCAAGACCAUCUUUGGCGUGGACAUCAAUUGCAACCAAGAAGCUGAACAGGUACUUCAACAAAGUUUGAAUGACGCGUCUAUCCGACAUGCUCUUCUGUCUCUUCAAGCUCUUCGUAACGACCUUGACUCAAUGAUGACAGUUGGCCUUGCUUCACCAGAGCAGCAAAAGCUAAGCUACAACUAUGGUCUUCAGCAGUAUAGCAAGGCUUUGACAGGUCUGGCUCUAAACUUGUCAACACCAAGCCCAGAGACGCUGAAGUCUGCCCUACUUUGCUGCCAAGUCUUGAUCAGCGUUGAACAAGUCAGAGGUAAUUUCUCUGCUAUGGGUGUUCACAUCAUCCGAGGAUUGAACAUUAUGCGAGAAUACCGAGCAAGACCAUAUCUACCAAGUACAAAUAUCUUGAUGCUAGCGAACCACAAAGAUUUGCCAUCCAUAGACGUCUUCAUCAUUAAAUUCUUUGCUGCGCCCUGCAAGUUUACAGAACAGCCGACAAAGGACAUCACCAAUAUGUUGACGCCACCUGCUGAAGUUUACGCUGAUCGCAAAAUUGCUCCGAAUAUGAGACCUGAGAUAAGAGAAAUCGCCGACUUGGUUAUUGAGUUUCUGAACCAGGUUUCUCUCAUUGAAUCAGAGCAAAGAGCUGCUGAAUUGCUUGAGGAAAAGGGAAGGCUUCUCGACUUAUUGGAUGCAUGGUACCGAGACUUCAAAGCGGCUCAGACACCUGGAGAACCUGCGACUGUCCAUGACUGUUUCUUAAGAUUACUAUUCAUGGUUAUCAGAGUUGUGCUUUUAGGAACUCUGGAUUAUGUGUCGGACACUGAUGGAAGACUCAAGGCGGAGAAUGAAAGGAUCCAGACUUUGACUGAUGAGAUCAAUGAAAGACUGAAGGAUUAUGAUAUGCGUCAAGGAAUUGAAAGUGGACUCAGGCAACAGUCUGAAGUCUGA